AUGUCCACAGUGCCCCUGGUGUCUCAGUGGACACCCGAUCUAGCGAAAAUGAAUCAAAAUGACUUUCAAUCAAUUUGCAAGUUGGCGUUAUCUCAAGUAAUUUCAAUUGAUGGAAAGCCGAUCUCUGAGGUGGUUGAUAGGCCGACUUUUCUGAAAAAUCCAUCAGUGCAGGGAGAAGAGGAUGGAGCGUCGCCACCAAAAGGGGUGGAGCGCUUUGUUCACUUUCUACGCUGUUCCCACUGUGGUCUUGAGUCAAUUAACAAGACGCGCUUUGACAGCCACCUUCCAUGUAGUCAAGCUACUAACGGGGAUCACCGCUAUUCUCUGCACACGUGUUCCGCUUGCUUCGCUUGCUCGACUUCACAGGACAUAAUGGAUGAACACAUCGAUCUUUUUCACAAAGGAGCUCGGGUGGAGUUGAUUAGAACACAGGAGAUGCUUCGGCCUACCUCCAUGGCUGCAUCGAAUACCCCAAGUACCCUUUCUCCUACCUCUGUGGCUACAAAUACCACACCUUCGAGUCUGAGUCCGUCCUUCAGACCCCCUAACAAAUCUAGUGAUUUUCCUUUGGAUCUCCCCAAACAAAGGGAUGAUACUGGAUGUCUAGAUCUCAGCACAACCACGACAACUUCCACCACGGUCCCCUUCUUAGAACACCAAAGAAAUGGUGCUGAAGGCCUUAGAAAGUGUCAUGUUUGUGGAGUUGAGGUGAUGGGAAGUAUGGAGGAGUGGGCGAAACACCUGGCCUUUGUUCAUCUGAUCCCCAUGCCUUUGAUGAUUGGUCAACUGGCUGCCAUGGCUGUGGGAAUGAAAGGAAAAGCACCCAGUCCUGCUAGCAUGCAAUCUACGUCCAUUUUGUCCCUUCACGAGCAUAUGUCACGUGGUGCAUGGGAUCUUCCAAGCUUACUGGCGGUAUCCAAUUCUCUGGGACAGAACACCUCAAGCGAACGUCUGCCUCAGUUCUCUUUCCCUUUCGGACAGAUGGACAGCAAAUCCCAGCACAACACUCCGUCUCCUUUCCCAUUGGGAUCGAAAAAUCUCUUCGGCCUCAAUUUCGAUCUGCCUUCGCUGCCGGUGAUUGAACAGAACGGUGACACUGUCCCUUGCAGCACAUCAAUUUCAGAACCGGAGUUCAAGAGGGCACGUACGGAGGGUCAUAGUGAUAAGAAUUCCUUCAUCUGUUUAUUUUCUUUGUAUGUGUUAGUAGAGAGUCAAGCGUUCUUUCCUCGCCUCCCACCACUCGACAGCCGAUUCUCUCCGACCUCUGCACACCCCCACACAUCCCCGAGCCUCUAUCCACCACCACCACCGCCGCCGCCGCCGGCAGGUCUGUUUCCCCGUAUCCCCUUCCUGAAUGUCGCGCACAGCUCUUCCGACCAGCAGUCCACGCAGUCGACCCCCAGAACCACUGCGAAGGGAGUUCCAGACGGAAGACCCCGUCAGGGCGACGAGCCCGCCGCCUCCGGUGCGCCUGGAAUUGUGCACAACACACUGCGAAAGACCAAGUCCGACAUGAAAGUCAUUCACAGGUAUCUCGUGCAGGUGAAAAAUGACACCAGGGAAAUCCAUGAAAUACCACCACAGGACUUAUGCAAGUACAUUCAGGACUUCAUCGUUACUGCCAAGAAGAAAGACGGACACGAGUAUGAGCCUGAGUCUCUGAAGGCGUUUGUCCAUUCCCUCGAGCGUCACUUGAAGUAUCACAACUACCCACACUCUGUACUCAAGGAUACCGAGUUUGCUCCGGCAAGAAUGGUUCUUACUCAAAGACUCAACGAACUGAGGGCACUGAGUCAGGCUAACGGAAGCGCGAGUGUCCACCGACAUCAGGCAGAUGGAGGAAAGUGUGACUUCGGGUUCCCAGACCCUCAUGACAGUAGUAAGUUGGUCAACUUCGACACCCUCAUACAAACCGGACUUCUGGGGCCAACAAACCCACAGGCGCUGCUCAACAGUGUCUGGUUAAUAGUACGGACGCAGUUCAAUGUGGUAGGAACGCAAAAGCACCGCACUUUGACAUGGGGGCAAUUCCAGUGCGUCACCAAUGUGAAUUCCCAAGAAAUUCUCCGGUUCACCGCAAGAUCUAAUCCCCAGGAGGUUCGAUUUUGCCAUGGACACGGGGGCCCUCAUGGGGUUCGACUUUUCGAUGGUCAAGAGAGCAACAGCAGCGGUAACACGAAACGUCAAACACUUCCAUUUGACUGUGUCGACAUUUUUAACUUUUACGCCCGCCUCCGUCCAGCCGAGUGUCAUGGACCUGACGAGCCGCUCUAUCUGUGCCCCGAUCCUGUGUGGGAACGCGGCGGACCCUGGUUCAAACCGGUCGUAGCAGGAGCUCAGCUCCUCUCGAGAAUUCCUCGACUGCUGGGGAUGAAACCACCUCGUGAGCCACAACCACUAGCCCCUAUAACCGAGGCACAGACGGGGCCAUCGUUGCCUCACACCCCGAUGCCGUCUCUUUCCCAACUGCGAGACAACUUUCUUGCUACAAUGAGUUCGCUCCUUGUCGACAAGAUUGAGAGAACGGACUCCUGCAGUCGACGCAUCCCAUCUUUCCUUGGACCCCAGGGGGCCCUGACGCCGGAAAAUGUGGGUGUUCUGGCAGCAGGCAUUUCGCACUUCCCACCACCCGUAACCCAAUGUGAAAAAGUGCCAGAAAGUGCCCGAGAGACGAAGCCCGUAUUGGGCUGGUCCAGUCCCUUUGGUUCCUCAUUAGACAGCUCCGCAGAUGACACAUCUGCUUCAUCCCCAAAGAGUCUGCCAGCGUCGUCAAAUGCGCCUGCAGGUACCAAUACCGAGCGCAAAUCUACACUGACUCCUUGA